GACAGUUUGAUUCUUGAGAGCAGCAGCAAAGGGGGAAUCGUCAACAGUGAAAGCUGCACGGUGGGAGGAGACCGGAGGAGGAAAAUGGCGGUGGCGGGGGUGGUGGCGCGGAAUGGUUUGGUGUCGUCACGUCCGGUGACGUUCGUGACGGGAAAUGCUAAGAAGCUUGAAGAAGUUAAAGUUAUUUUAGGGCAAUCCAUUCCCUUUCAGUCACUUAAGCUUGACUUGCCAGAACUGCAAGGCGAUCCGGAGGAUAUUGCAAAAGAAAAAGCUCGUUUGGCCGCUAACCAGGUGAAAGGGCCGGUGCUGGUUGAAGACACUUGCCUAUGUUUCAAUGCUCUUAAGGGUCUCCCUGGGCCGUACAUCAAGUGGUUUCUCCAAAAGCUUGGUCAUGAAGGUCUAAACAAUAUGUUGAUGGCUUAUGAGGAUAAAUCUGCCUAUGCUAUGUGUAUAUUUUCACUUGCCAUGGGGCCAAAUUUUGAACCCAUUACGUUUGUGGGAAAGACCCAGGGGAAGAUUGUUCCUGCAAGAGGACCAAAUGAUUUUGGAUGGGAUCCAAUCUUUGAACCUGACGGCUAUGAUCAAACUUAUGCUGAAAUGGCGAAGGAAGAAAAGAACAAGAUUUCUCAUCGGUCGAGAGCUCUGGCACUGGUGAAAUCCCACUUUGCAGAGGCUGGGUAUGUAUUUGAUACAUGAGACUGAAACUAUUUUCUAUGGAGAUGUAUGACCUUAGAUUCAUAUUUUUACUUGUGAACAAGGGUCUUCUGUUUGUUGGUAUGAUUUUCUCAAUUUGCAUUUGAUCCAAGGGAAAGAAUGACAAAUGUAUUCAAGAGUAGACAU